UUUUAUCAGGAAAAAAAGGGUCCUUUUAUCAGAAAAACUGGGAUUUAAUUUCAAGUCUUUCCCUUUCGUUUCGCAGCAUCUGCACCGAAACCUCUGUAAAUUCUAGGGUUUUUAUUCUCUCACCUCAAAAUUUGUUUUUGGCGGAUUUAUAAAAGAGUUUCGUUUGCCAUUUCUAAUGGCUGAGAUAGAGCAAGUUGUGGCUGGUAAUGUGGAAUCCUCUCUAAUAGAACAGCUUAGUAAGGCAAUUCAUCAACUGGAAGCUCAUAAGAAUGCUUCUGAGGAGAGGGUUCAGUGGAUGGAAAUUGAGGAGCACUUUCGCAACCUUGAGAUGACGUUGAAGUUGACACUCGAAGGGCUUGAAACUAAGGAGAAGGAGUUUAAGGAGAAAGAAGCCACAACCCAUAACUUGCUCGCGGAGAGAGAAGCAGCUGUUGCAGCUAAAGAGCAAGAUAUGUUGGAUCGAGUGCAGGAGCUGAAAGAUGCUGUUGUUGGUGCCAUUGCGGAUGCGCGAGCGAAUCACCAAUAUACAGUUGCAGAGUCGAUUGCGGAUGGAAAUAACAGAGAUAGCAAGGUAAGCAGCUCUGUUGGUGAUAGAAAUUCUCCAGAGGAGCGUUCUCCUCGUAAAAAAUCGGGUGAAAAUGCUGAAGGCGUGGCUGUUGAGGUUAAGCCACGCCCAGAACUUGUAGAAUUUUGCAAGCUGAUGGAUGCCAAAGGGCUACUAAAUUAUACCAUGGAGAAUCAUAAAAAAAUUAAUGUCAUUUGUGAUGAACUUUCUAUUGCACUAGGAACUGCAAGUGAACCGGCCCGUUUGGUGCUGGAUUCACUGGAGGGGUUUUACCCUCCUGAUGAAACUAAUGAACCGGGGGAUAAAUGUGCCACUGCCCUUCAGGGCAAGCGUAAAUGUUGUGUCGUGUUAACGGAGGCCAUGGCUGCCUUAUUGGCAAGGGUCGAGUCUGACCCAGGUUCUGAUCAACUUUUGAACCCUGAGACCAAGCAGCAAGCUAAAACAAUUGCUGAUGAGUGGAAGCCUAAGUUGGCUAGUUCAGGCACUGAUGCUGCCAAUGGAGUAUCAUUGGAAGCAGAGGCAUUCUUGCGGCUCCUCGCAACCUUUAGGAUUGCUUCAGAGUUUGAUGAAGAAGAACUCUGCAAGCUUUUUCUUGCAGUUGCUCAAUGUAGGCAAGCACCUGAGCUCUGCCGCUCUCUUGGGUUAACACACAAAGUGCCAGGGCUUAUUGAAUCGCUUGUCAACAGUGGGAAACAAAUUGAUGCUGUACGAUUUAUUCAAGCCUUCCAACUUACUGAAAGAUUCCCUCCUGUGCCACUCCUGAAGACUUAUUUGAAAGACUUGAGGAGAAAUUCGCAAGGGAAGGGUGAGAACACGGGUGAUGCCGUGGGUGCUCAGGGCGAUGUCAACACACGAGAACUUGCCGCACUGAAGGCUGUAAUCAGGUGUGUUGAAGAGCACAAGCUUGAGGCCGACUACCCACUCGAUUCACUUCAUAAAAGGGUUGCUCAACUGGAUAGAUCCCAAGCUGAUAAGAGGAAAAGGAGCGGAGAUGCUGGUAAACUCCAACAUACGAAGAAACAGAAAUCCAACAGAAGAUUCGCGGGACAUCAGCGUGGACCUGGUUUUACUGCUGCAUUAGCUCCUUCCGCUGCUAGGCACGGCCCUCCCAUCUAUGGUGAGAGGGUGGCGCCUGCGGGAAUUCCUGAAAGAUAUCAUUAUGGCGAUCCACACGGCUAUGAUUCUCGAGUUCCCCAUCAGCCUGCGUUAUACUACCAUCCCCAAGAUGACAGGGUUCCACCAGUCCCAUUCAAUUCUGCUCCACCAAAUUAUGGAGGUUACGCAGGCGGCGGUUUGCAGCCUUCACACCACCAGCCAUAUAUGUAGUAAUCCAUGUAUGCUAGUAUUUUUGGAAAGCCAAUGUAGCAAUUAUGUGGGGCAAAAAUCGUUGAAAUAUUCAUUUAGCUUGCUGCAUAUUUCAUUUUCUUUCCCGUGUGAUCUUUUUAACAAAAGGCUUCUAUGGUGAAAUGCGCAUGGACAUAGUUAUGCUAAUUUUUGUUUUUUUUUUUUUGUUUUCCCUAUUGAAAAGGAUAUAUU